AUGGGGGACACUGCUGUUGAUUUUUUCCUGGAGACGUUGAAGCAGCUUAUAAUGAGCUCCGAGGUCGAAUCAAUCAUAAAAGAGAAGCAUCAGCUCGAAUCUCUUGAGGAAGAGAUAGAGUACAUGAGAGGAUUCCUCAAGGUUACGGAGAAGAAACGCAACGAGCAUUCAAUAGUGAUGAAUCUGGUGAGGCGGAUCAAAGACGUGGUAUCUAAGGCAGAGAAUAUCAUAGAACUUUUUGUAGUUCAAGCUUUCAAGGCUAAUCAUGCCCCUUAUUUUCUUCGUCAACAUCAGGAUCAUUCUUCCCUUGACCUUGAAAGUGUAAAAAAGGAGAUCAAGACUCUUACGGCUGAGGUAAAGCAGAUUUACGACGACAAUAUGUAUGACAUUAAUGGAGUAGCAGGAGGUUCAAGUUCAUCAGGAGGGAGCAACACCUCGAAAAAGGUAGAAGAAAAGGUGGUGGUUGGUUUCAAGGAGGAGAUAGAGACAUUAAUGGGAAAGCUUCACGACAUUGGAGAGGGUGGACGGCUAGAGAUAAUAUCAAUCGUCGGUGCAGCUGGAGGCGGCAAAACCACUUUGGCCAGAGAAGUGUAUGAUCAUCCUUUGAUGUCACAUACCUUUGAAAUUCGUGCAUGGGUCAAUGUUUCUCAAGAUUAUGAUAAGACUAUGAAGAGGAAUUUGUUGGUUCGGAUUUUGGAAUCAACGUCCUCAAAAAAACAUGGAGAUUACGAGAAGAGUAGUGAGGAUAAAUUGGGAGAAGAGACGCACAAAUGCUUGAAGGGUAAGAAAUAUCUCAUUGUUAUGGAUGACAUAUGA